CUUUGCGCCCGCACCGGGACCGCGUUGCCGGCCGAUCUUCGGUUGGCACCGGCGGUUCUUUCCCGCUCCUCGCUCGGGGGAGCGGGUGGAGCGAGAAGGCGCCCCGCCGUUCUGCCGUUCUUUCUCCGGGGCUUGGCCAGGACUGUUUUGCCUUCACAAUGUUUGGCGACUUAUUUGAAGAGGAUUUUUCCUUUAUUUCAAACAAUCAUUGUGGAAAAGGGAAGAAAUCAAAGCCCAGAGAUUCUGAGCCUCCAGCUCCCAGGGAUUUCACCAGACUAAGUGGUAUCAAAAACCAAGGUGGGACCUGCUACCUCAAUUCCCUUCUGCAGACUCUGCUUUUCACACCCGAAUUUAGAGAGGCACUGUUCUCUCUAGGACCUGAAGAACUUGGGACUCUGGAUGAUAGCAGUAAACCAGACGCAAAGGUUCGAAUAAUUCCGUUACAACUUCAACGGUUAUUUGCUCAGCUUCUGCUCUUGGACCAGCAAGCUGCAUCCACAACAGACCUUACGGAGAGCUUCGGGUGGAACAGCCACGAGGAAAUGAGGCAGCAUGAUGUGCAGGAAUUGAAUCGGAUUCUGUUCAGUGCUUUGGAAACUUCCCUUGUGGGGACUUCGGGUCAUGACCUUAUCAACCGAUUGUACCAUGGGAUUGUUGUCAACCAGAUUGUUUGUAAAGAAUGCAAGAAUAUCAGUGAGAGACAGGAAGAUUUCUUAGACCUAACAGUGGCGGUAAAAGGUGUUACUGGCUUGGAGGAGGCCCUGUGGAACAUGUAUGUAGAAGAAGAGUACUUUGAAAAUGAGAAUUUGUAUCGAUGCGGAGCCUGUGAUAAACUUGUUGAAGCUUCAAAGUCUGCUAAACUACGCAAGUUGCCACCCUUUCUCACCGUUUCUCUCCUGAGAUUUAACUUUGACUUUGAGAAGUGUGAGCGAUACAAGGAAACGAGCUGCUAUACGUUCCCCAUCCAGAUAAAUCUGAGGCCUUUUUGUGAGCAGACUGAAAUGGAUGAUUCAGAGUACAUGUAUGAGCUCUUCUCUGUUAUUAUACAUAAAGGUGGCUGCUAUGGAGGACACUAUCAUGUUUAUAUCAGAGAUGUGGAUGAAUUAGGAAACUGGCAAUUACAAGAAGAAGAGGAUAGGCUGAUUGAAGAUAAGGCUUUAAGAGAUAUCAAAAAUGCCAAAGAAAUAGAAAAUCCGUUGGCAGUCUUAAAAGGGAUUUUAGCAGAGGAAGAAUCUAAACAAAUUCCUGUGGAUCAAUUAGGGCAGAAAUUAUUGGAGAAAAAAGGAGUGUCCUGGAAUAAGAAAUACCGAAAACAAUAUGGAGCAUUACGAAAGUAUUUGCAGAAUCAUCCUCAGAUAUUUCAGUUCAGUCCUGAUGAAAAUAAGGUUGGUCUGAAGGAAAAACACAAGCUCCUGUUUAAGUCGGAUUCUCAAGGACAAGAUCUCCAAAGUUCUCCUCAUAAGAACGAUGUCCAGUGGAAUUCAGAAAAAACCCUUACCAGGCUAAGGGAUGGUUCUGCUGGUUGCCAUUGGUUUGAUCUGAAUGAUUCAAAAGUCCAGCCCAUCAAGGAGAAGGAUAUUGAGAAACAAUUUCAGGGUAAAGAGAGUGCCUACAUGCUGUUUUAUCGAAAAUCUGAGUUAAAGAGACCGCCUGAAGCGCGAGGAAAUCCAAGGUACCAAAUUCCUGAACACCUUCUGAAUGAAAUGAAUGCUGCUAAUACUGAGCUGCAAAAAAAGAGAGCGGAAUGUGACUCGGCAAACAAUGGCAUUGAUUUACAUCUCCAUUUGAGCUCAUGUUAUAAAUUUCACAAUGGGGCUUUGCAUCCUUCACUUACUUGGAAAGAGAGUGUCGUGGAUUUGACUAUUGAUAGAAGAAAAACGCUAGGAGACCUUCGACAGUCGGUAUUCCAGAUGUUGGAGUCUUGGGAAGGAGACAUGAUUCUCAGUAUUGCCAAGCCUUUACCAGCAGGACUGCAUCUUUACCAGAUACUUGAUGGAGAUGAGCUGACACUGGAUGGCAUCGGGCUGGCUGAUGGAGCAGACCUCUUUGUGUGGAAUGGGAAAGAGGUUGGUGGUACAAAAGUGAUGACAGGCCCCGAUCACGAACCCGUGGUCAUAAAUGUUCUUCAUUUAGCGGAAUAUAACGAAGGAGGGAAGGGUCAGCAUUUCACAGAAUCACAGCACGUCUUUUCAUGCAGCACAAAAGUGGGUGAUCUGCACACAGCCUUAGCGCCGUCAGGAGGAAUCAUUCUAAAGAAUGGCUCAGGACUAGAUAAAGAAGCCAAGAACUGGGAAGUUUUUCGUGAAGAAGAUAUGAAGGAAACAGUCAAAAGCGUUGGUCUGACGGAUGGAUGCUCAGUACUAAUCUUAGACAGCCAUGACCAGAGCUUCGUGAAUGUGUCAAGUGGCAAUUUGACUGCUUUUACGUAUGACAUCAGCUGGCUCCAAGUUAAAAACUUCUGCAGAACGGAUGGAGACGAGAAACACGUUAAAAUUACUGCCACGAUUGAAACGGUGAUGUCAGAUAUCAAAAGGAAAGCAAUACGGGAGCUUCAGCUAGAGGAGGAACUAGCAAAUGACAGCUGUCUUAGACCUAUUAGCGGAAAUGGGAAACUUCUAUCUCCAGUGCCUGAGGAUUAUACUGUCAAGGAAGCGGAACUGAAAAUGGGAAGCUUGCUAGGGCUGUGUCAUGGGAAAGCUCCAGCUUCCACUCAGCUCUUCUUGUAUUUUAUUGUUGGGAGCGACCAAAAUGCAAGCCCUGAGAUGGAGAUAGUCGUGGAAGAGACUGUCUCUGUCAAAGAGUGUCUAAAUUUAAUGCUGGAAAAAUCUGGAUUAUCAGGUGACAACUGGCAUUUGAGGAGGAUUGACUGGUGCUAUGAAGCAGGGGAAGCAUUAAGUCAGGAAAAUGCCACGCUGAAGGAACUGAAUGUUUGCAGAGGAGAUACUUUGGUUAUAAUGGAAGGAAAGCUUCCACCAAAGGGUUUCCUGAAAAUACCCAUCUGGUGGCUCAAGUCUUCAAGUCAUAAGAAGCGUGGAGAGAAUGCUCAAGACCAGGUGAAUGGGAUGACCUGCAAGAUGGAUGCUUUGCAGGUGUCUCCAUCAGGAGAUUCACCAGAAUACAUCCACCCAGACAUGGAUCUCUGUUACGCUGGCAGUAUAGAAAUAGCAGGAGAAGCUUCUCUGGAAGAUCUGAAGAUGCAGGCCAUGACCUUACCAUGCUGCCAGGAGCGGAUUGUCCCACUGCCCUCGUUUCUCAGAGCGUGGACAGUGGACAGUAAGCGCCCAGGGAAGCUUUUACGGAACAACAAGCAGCAACUCGAUGACUAUAAGCUGGGCGGCCGAGUGGAAAUCUGCAUAGAACCCCUGCAAAAAGAAGAGCAUCUGGGCCCCCAGGACCUGCUGCUUCGUGUCCAGAUGGGCAUACCAGGGGAGAGGGACUACUACAGCUCCACGGAUUUGGUGUGGGAUAUCUCCAAAGAAUGCACAACCUGGGCACUGAGACAACGAGUGGCUUCUCACUAUUGUCUCCCUGUAGAUAAAAUUGAAAUAGCCAAAUAUUUCCCUGAAAGAUUUGAGUGGCUGCCAAUAUCUAGCUGGACACAGCAAAUUUCAAAGAGGAAACGGAAGAAAAAACAGGAGAGUUUGCAGUCAGCGCCUUACCACCUGAAAGAUGGAGAUAUCAUUGGGGUGAAGAAUCUCCUCCUCGAUGAUGCUAAGGACUUCAGCACGGUGAGAGACGACAUUGGAAAAGAGAAACAAAGGCAGCUUGCGUUAGAAAAAAAGAAAAGUCGGCAAGCUGAACGCUUACAGGACCACGUUUUCUCUGAGGAAAAGCUGAAUAUUAAGCACCGUAAACCAGAAGUGGCACUUUCUAUCAACGUGGGCGUUUUCAGAUAGCACCAGGAGAUGAUUUGCUGACCAGACCGUACUACUGAUGUCCUGGAUUGGAGUGGAGUACCUCAGCUGGACCAGCAAGGGGGUCUUUCCCGAAGUGCCCUCAAGACUCGCCGAGACAAACUGGAUAUAGGAUUCAGGAUAACUCUGAUUUUCUUCUAAUCUCUGCUGGGGAAGUGCUUUAGCAUCCCUUCAUCAAUGUGGUACUUAUUCUCAGGCUAGGUAAAUGCACUUUAUCCACAAGAAAACUGAUUAAUAUAUUGUAUAACCUUUUUCUUCUUUUUUGGUCAGAUGCUGAUGUCUUGCACCGUCACUACAGAGUUUGCUGUUUAUUUUUAAUGCAGUCAUCAUCAUCUCUUUUUAGUAUUGGGUUUUUUUUUUUCCGUCUCUGAUCAUCGAAGUUACUAACGAUACCAGAAUUUGCUUUUCUCUCUUUCUAUAGAAAUCGAAGUCUGUAGUAGCUCGAGUCAGAUUUCAGGAGUGAAGGAAAUGUGGAAAUCUCUGGACCGAGUGUACUAAAUUGGCUCUUAAAAAGGCAAGUUCAGAAUCUGUCAAGCACUAAAACCUGAAGACCUUUUGUGAUAUGGAACAGCAAUGUGGGAACUUUAUAUUUUUGAAAAUUGCUAGGGCUUUUUUGUUGUUCAGAAGCUUCAUUAACAAACAAAAGGGAUGGAAAAAAUUGGCAGAUCUGAUGUUUGGUCUUAAGUAGGUUUUAUUGUACUUAGGAAAAAGGCUUGUAUUUCUUUUCAGUACUCUGAUUCAGAAGACUUUCCAUCAUUUCUUAUCUUUUCAAUUGUUCUGCUGGUCUUUGUUACAUUUGAGAAAACGUUUCUCUUGGUGUCACAAAGCUGAUUUCCAGUCACCGUUACAGAAGGGGAUGUCUGCGGCCGACUGCCAGCUGAACUCGGCAUCAAAGGUUCUUAAGUAUGAAGUAGAAUGUUUACCAAAUGCUGGUGAGAUUGGAUCUCAAGAUGGAGAACGCGUGUAACUAGCUGAUGAGAGACUGUACUUUUCUUAUCCCUGAGGCUGGGAAUCGGGGUUUAUAGAAGUUAUCGAAGCUUUUCUAAUGCUUACGGCACUUAUACUGUAUUUCCGCUGCUGUACGUGACUAUUCAUAACGCGAUUUUCCAUCAGGCUCAGAAUUUUCUUUGAGCGCAACUAGUACUGACAAAUGAACUCAAACUCUUAAUGGAGUUAAUUGUUUAUAAUCAAAUUCUAAGUGUGUUUUGAAUGCUGAGGUGAAAAUGGAAUGGUGGAAGAUAACUCACAAGCACUUCUGUGCUGCAUUACGUGCUGGUGGCAUCUAACGCGUUUGCCUUUUACAGUUGGGAAGCUGUGUGGAUGGAUUGCCAUAUCGAGUGCAGUCUGCUGCCAAACACACUCCGGAACCUUGUUCUGGAACCAGCAAAGCAAUUGUUCAAAAAUAGCGUAGAAGAUUUUGUAGUAGAAGAUGCCAGUACAGCAGACUACUAAAAUUUUGGCUAACGUGAGAAGAUCUCUCACUUACCAGAAUAUCAUUAACCUAUAAAAGGUUAUUUCAGACGCCUUCAAGACAAAAACCGAUGCUCUCAGCUAUCAGCAAAAACCCCCGUAUGAUUAGUAUUUAUUUCUUCGCAUAUCUUUAAAAUGUAGCAGGUGCUUCUGCGCUUUCUUGGGCUGAUCCGUUCAAGAAGGGAUUACUUUAACUUCCUCACUGUAGGUAGGCUUUACUCAAAUCUUGAAAUCCUAGUUUUAGGGAUAGAUUUUUCUGACUGAGGUGAGGGCAGCCGAUUGCUUUCCCCAUCUUAUUUUGCGUCGCCUUCUUCCACACCCACAAGUGUUCUUGCAAGCUGGGGUUUGCGGAAACGAUCGCACAUGCUGACGACUGAGGUGAGCAAGAAAGGUUUGUGUUUGCAGCUUGUUCCGCUUCAGUUCCUCCGGUUCCUCGCUGGACAGCUGUACUGAGCUCAGCCUUCCCGCCCACCUUUGAUAACUCCAGUCUGUUCUUGAAAAUGUGAACUUUUGGAGAAAUUUCAAUACGGAUUACAAGUGCUCACGUGGGGACUUUAGUCUGUGCCUUUGUUAAAGUGUAAUGUAGCAGCGCCUGCACUGAACCAAUCUUGGAUUAUUUCUAAUGUUGGCUCAAAAUGCGUAUUUUUUUUUUUUCUUAAAACUAUUGUGGGUUGUUCCACAAUGAGAGAGUUCAUUAAAAAUGGGGGUGGGGAGAGGGAACACCUUUUUAAAAUGGAGUCUUUGUGAUUCCACAGUUUAUGAUGGUUAUAUUCCAAAGCCUGAAAAAGCUUUCAUCUUUAUUUUUCAAGUGUUCUUCACAAAAUAAAAAGUCAUUUCUAUAUGUCUA